AUGGCCUUCUCUUCGGUGGGCAAGAAAAAGAUAGCAGCUCAUGUGUUUCUUCUUCUCAUAAACAUACUCGUGCUGGCCCUUUCUUCUCGAAUAAAUCAAUUUCAGGAGUUCUUUUUUGUUGCGGAUUUGUUUCCCUUUGCUCUCUCUAUCGUCACCCUGGUCCUUCUCUGCACCAUGCUUGCUUUCGAUCUGACUUCAUCAAACUCCUACAUUGGACGGGCGCAGAUUGAAAUCGGAAUAUUCGCAGUCAUGUCCAUCCUUUGGCUGGCUUUCAACGCGUUCUCUACCUCUCGCUGGCGUGAUGUACCAUUUCAAUGCGGAGCCAUCCCCCAAGAAUAUUCCGACAUCAGAACAUGGUGCAAAGAUUUGCAGGCGUUGAAAGCUUUCGUAUGGGUUGAGUGGUUGACCUUUUCGCUCAUCACUGCCAUUAUUGCUCGCUAUACGAUACUCCAGAAUGCGCGUGGCCACAAACAUAUUUUUAAGAUGCCCCUUUCUCGUUUCAACCCUACUGAGGAGAGUGGUUUCGGCUUCAAUCCUCAACAUUGGUCCACGGAGAAGUAUUAG